AUGGACACCCUGGAAGGAUCAGAAUUCUGCUUCCCACAUUUUUUCAACACCUCCUGCAGGAAGCCUGUGCAGCAUCAUGCUGAGACCAUAUUACUUUACAUCUUGCUGUCCUGCAUCUCUUUGCUCACUGUGGCUCUCAACCUGCUGGUCAUCAUCUCUAUCGCCCACUUCAGGCAGCUCCACAGCCCCACCAACCUCCUCCUCCUCUCUCUGGCUGUUACUGACUUCCUCGUCGGCCUCUUUGUGAUGCCGUUUCAAAUCUUCUUAGCAGAACCCUGCUGGUUCCUGGGUGACCUGGUGUGUGUUCUGUAUUAUGUCUUAGCCUUUUCUAUUGUCAAUGUCUCAAUAGUAAACAUGGUUCUCAUAUCAGUUGACCGUUAUGUGGCUAUCUGUGACCCUCUGCACUACCCCACCAAAAUCACUCAAAAGAGAGUUCAAAUCUUUGUUCUCCUGUGUUGGAUUUACGCUGAGA